UUAUUUUUUUUGUUUUUUACGGGCACCGUAGCGGGUUAUCCGGGCCGUUCGAAGUAAUGUAAUUCUAACUGUUUGUCGCGUUGAAGAUUCGCCGCUCGACAACAUCGAGUAUCUCAUAUGUAUCGGGUCGAAAGAAACGUACAAGCAUUUCGAUGGAUGACGAGAUAAAUCGUACCGAUGAUGCUUGAGUGGCGGUUCGAGUACGUCCGAUCGGCGGUACGCGCGCGGUGAUUGUCGCAUCGAAACCCCCCGGAACCGACGGACGGAGCCAUGGAAGUGACGCCGCACCUGAAGAGCGUCCUCAAGAACUACCAGCACAGCGCCACCAAGAGCCUGCAAGGUCCCGGCCUGUCUUUGGUCGCCGUCAAGACCGAAACGCCGUCGCCGGAGAUCAAAGAAGAGGAAUUCGUCGCGGCGCCGUUUCCCGUCCAACAAGUACCGAUCCUGACGAUACCGGACACGUGCAGCGAACGCACCGAGACCAUCCUCGAAGGCGAAUCGAUCUCGUGCUUCGUCGUCGGCGGCGAGAAGCGCCUCUGUCUGCCGCAGGUGUUGAACAGCGUCCUGCGCGAGUUCAGCCUGCAGCAGAUCAACCAGGAGUGCGACCACUUGCAGAUCUACUGUUCGCGUUGCACGCCCGAGCAGCUGAACGUGCUCAAGAACCAGGGCAUCCUGCCGAGCGGCGCGCCGAGCUGCGGCCUGAUAACGAAGACGGACGCCGAACGUUUGUGUAGCGCCUUGUUGUUCAAGCAAGUGCGCGACCAGGCCGUCCCGUCGACGAGCCUGCGGCCGCGAAAGGGCGCCCUGUCCAUACCGCUCUACCACGAGUGCUUCGGCAGGGCCAGCGGCCUGUGCUUCCCCGAGCUCUAUGUGAACAAGAACGCGAGGUGCAUCGAAUGCGGCGAUUGCCAGGUGGGUUUUUCGCCGCAGCAAUUCGUCUGUCACGUGCACGACGAGUUGGAGAACAGGACCGUGCAUUGGGGCUUCGAUUCCGGCAAUUGGAGGAGUUAUUUGUACGUGCCCAUCGAUCAUGCCGAACGCGAACGGUUCCUCAAGAUUUUGGACGAGAUGAAGGAGCAGUACGACGGGAAUUUGGUCUUUCCGCCGCCGAUCGUCGAACCUGUCAUCAAAAGGAAACAGGUACCAUCGGUGGCGGAGAUCAUCAAAGACCACGAGCUGCCGUUGAAGAAGCAGAAACUGAGCGAGUACCACAACGCGCUGGCGCACAUCCCCUACAACGUGCAACACCUGCAACAGAUCUACGCCAGCCUGGACCAGGUCUACAUCCACCAGUACCUGCAGGAGUGCUCGCCCAACCGGCACCUGUCGGCCUUCAAGCCGGUCGUGCAGAGCAUCAAGGAGUCGAAGAUCCGGCACGCGACGGCGAUGGGCCGGUACGCCGGCGAUCCGCCGGUGCUCCAGCACCCGGAGCGCGUCGUCCCGUCGUCGGAGAGCGAGCGCUUCGGCGGCGCCUACCAACCGAACGUGGCGCUGGCGCCGCCGCCGGCGCUGCCCAAGAAGCACCGCUACGGCAAGGAGUUCGCCGAGGUGAAAACGGAACCGCCCGAAGACGACAAACCCGUCGUAUCGGCGGCGAAGUACAAUCCGGAAAUCGAGCUGUCGACCGAUACCGAAGACAGCGCUUCGGAGACCGAGAAAUGCGACAUCAACAAAUUGGAGGAGCUGCUGAAGGACGUCGAUAAGAGUAAAAAAGACAAGGUGAUGGAGUAUUUGCGGGGCGUGUGCAAGGAGAACGAGCGGCUGUCGAAGAACGCUCGGGUCACCGACGAACGGCUGAAGGAGCUGGAGCAGAGGAACGUGGAGCUGUUGAAGGAGCUGAACGCUUUGAAGCUGAAACAUCAUCGGCAU